AUGGCAGAUCAUCCAAACACGAAACCGCACAUGCAGCUGCUGGCGAGUGGCUCUCAGGGGCGCAUCAGCGAUCUGCACCGCUUCGCUCUUCUUCUCGUCGGCUCCUUUGGUACUAUCUGCGGUUCCUUUGGCUAUGCCUUUACUCUCGUGUUACCAAGGAUGCAGGAGCGCUACAACCUCUCACAGCGUGACUUGGCCUCCGUGACGACAGUCGGCCUUGUGUUCGGCUUCUUCAUGCUUCCAUUCGGUGCACUGUACGACUACUUUGGCCCCCUUCCGGUGGCGAUCUUGUCCAUGAUUUCGUACCCACUUGGUGCUGUCCUGACUGCGCUGUGUUUUGAGGGCCUGAUUGAGGGCAGCACUGUUCGGCUUUGCGUCUUCAACGCUUUCCAGAGCGUGGGCAUGUCCCUGACAGACAUUGUCUGCUGCAUGACGGUGCUGUCAUACUUCCCAUCAAACCGAGGCCCCGUGAUCGCGCUGCUGAAGACAUUUCCUGGCCUCGGCUCCGCGAUUGUUGGCUCCUUCUUCGCCGGAUUCUUUCACGAGAAGGUCUCGGAUUACUUGUUCUUCCUAGCUGUCUUCGCCUUUCUCACGAAUACAACCUGCGCCCUCGUGAUGCGCCUGCCGGCGUACCACCUGACCGGGUACCAGGAGAGCCAUCUGAGCGAGGAGGCGAAGGAACGCCUCCUCGCGACGAAGACACGGUACCUCAAGCAGGCCCCACCAAUGUGGCGCUUCAUCCUGGGCUUCAUCAUAUUGGUGCUCUUCAUCGUCUACCUGCCAACGACGUCCGCGCUCGUUGCGUACCUAAGCUUGAGCAGGACUUACAAGCUUGGCUUCGCGAGUGGAACAGCUGUGCUGGUUGGGUUGUACAUGCUGAUCGCCGUCCCGCUGCCCGCAUGCCUGAGACGACAGCUUACAUGCCGAAAGAGCAGGAAUGUGAGCGACAACGACGAGACGUGCGAGAGCCACGCGAAUGGCUGCCAUUCGCCAGACAGAGAACCGUUCUGCACUGACGCUGAUGCUGACGCCUCCGCGCAGAAGGCUGCCUUGACUUUGACUGAGGAGACCCUCGAAGACGAUGGGCAGCGGGCGGCUCACGUCCCCACAGAGACGGAUGUGGACUACCUUGCACCGCAGUACCAGGGCACGUUCCUGCAGAAUCUCUGCACCCUUGAGCUGUGGGCUCUGUGGUGGACGCUGCUGUGUGUCUUCGGUGCCGAGUUUGUGAUCAUCUACAAUGCGACCUUUAUCUUGGGUGCUCUGCAGGGCAGCGCGCCGGUGACGUCCCUUACUGCUUUGCUCACAGUGCUGAACGGCGUGGGCAGCGCGGUGGGCCGCCUGAUGAUGUCUUUCUUCGAGGUAUGGUCUCAGAAGCGCAAGGCGGAGGACCGCGUGCCGAUCACGAUUGCGCUGUUCUUCCCUACCUCAACCAUCAUUACUAGCAUCAUUAUGUUCUUGACGCUGCCGGCUGCCGCGCUCCCGCUGCCGUACGUGAUUGCCGCGCUCGGUAAUGGCUUCUGCGCUGCCUCUCAAAUUCUGGUAGCGCGCACGAUCUUCGCAAAGGACCCUGCGAAGCACUACCACUUCUGCUUCAGUGCCACCAUGGUCGCUAGCGUGCUGCUUAACCGUUUCCUGUACGGCGAGUGGUACACGGUGCAGGCGGAGAAGCAGGGCAGCAGGCGCUGUUUCGGCAAGCACUGCGUAAUGAUGCCGCUGCUCGUGAUGCUCGGGCUCGCGACGAGCGCCUUCAUAACAGACGUAAUAGUGCACUUGCGCUACCGCUCGUACUGCCGGCGUGUCCUGGUGGCGCGCGCUCGUCUGCACGGCGAGGUCGCCGAUGUUGAAAAACAGAGGGCUGCGGUGGCUGAGGAGGUGGUGUGUGAAUCGGAUGUGGCCCUUGAUACUGAGAACAAACCCCGCGGCGCUUAG